UUGAGAGAGAAAAAUCUCCUCCUAUAUAUAAUCUCUUCAUUUCAUUCUUUCGUAAUCUCCCUCACACUCUCUCAACUCAACACUUUUCCUUCUCCCAUUUUCUCUCCUCCCCAAAACCCUGCUCCCUUCAUCAUGUCCGAUAACGCCGCCGAUCUUCCUGCCGCCGCCGCCGCUCUUAGUGCUGAAGAUCGUGCUGGUCUCGUUAAUGCAUUGAAAGAUAAGCUUCAGCUCUUGGCUGGGGAUCAUGUGGAUGUCAUGGAAACACUUUCACCCAAUGUCAGGAAACGCAUUGAGGUUCUCAAAGAUUUGCAGGACAAACAUGACGAAUUGGAGGCUAAGUUUUUAGAGGAGCGAGCUCAGUUGCAAGCUAAAUACCAGAAGUUUUAUGAACCACUUUACACAAAGAGGUAUGAGAUUGUCAAUGGUGUUAUUGACGUUGAAGGAGUUACAAAUGAAGCUGCAGUGGGAGAAGAAAACAAAGCUGCUGAAGAGAAAGGAGUGCCUAGCUUUUGGCUAAUUGCGAUGAAGACUAAUGAAACACUGGCUGAAGAGAUCACUGAACGUGAUGAGGAGGCCCUCAAGUAUCUCAAAGAUAUCAAGUGGUUUAAACUUGACAAUCCUAAGGGUUUCAAGCUAGAGUUUUAUUUUGAUUCUAAUCCUUAUUUCCAAAAUUCUGUGCUAACAAAAACAUAUCACCUGAUUGAAGAAGAUGACCCUAUAUUGGAGAAGUCAAUAGGAACGGAAAUUGAGUGGCAUCCAGGAAAGUGUCUGACACAAAAGCUUCUGAAGAAGAAGCCAAAGAAAGGAUCAAAAGAUGCCAAACCGGUCAUAAAAACAGAAAAAUGUGAAAGUUUCUUCAACAUUUUCGACCCUCCCGAAAUUCCUGAGGAUGAUGAGGAUAUUGAUGACGAUUAUGUUGAAGAGCUUCAGAAUUUGAUGGAACAUGAUUAUGAUAUUGGUUCUACGAUCCGAGACAAAAUUAUUCCUCAUGCUGUGUCAUGGUUUACGGGAGAAGCUGCACAGAGUGAUUUUGAGGACGAUGAUGAAGAUGAAGAUGAGGAUGAGGAUGAGGAUGAGGAUGAAGAUGAGGAGGACGAAGAUGAGGAUGACGAUGAGGAGGACGAAGAUGAAGGGAAGAGCAAGAUCAAGAGUGGUAGCAAGGCCCAACCUGGCAAAGAUCAGGGAGCAGAGCAUCCUCCUGAUUGCAAGCAGCAGUAGUGUUUAGUUGUGUGCAGCAGUCCUCGAUAUAUUUCGUGUUAUUGGUAUAAUUAGUGUAGAGUCUCUCGGUUAUUUUAGUCAUAAGCUACAAUUUUACAUUAUUAUUGUCUAGUAUUUUCUUCCUUUUCUUUUGUUAAAUUUUUGGGUCUUUGCUUGACAUUCUUGGGAAUUCUUUGUGUUGCCCGUUGAAAUUGAUUUGAUCUCGUUGUUUUGUCGGGUUUUAAAAGAAAGUGAUGAAUAUGUGUCAUUGUCAGUAUCUAUCGUUUAUUAUAUUAAUCUGUACAGAUCUGCUUCCGUUAUAGCACCCCAAAUUUUGUAGCUA